AUGGCUAUCUCUCCCGCCCCAAACAACACGACAGCCCCUUCAAGGCGCUCACAACGUCUUCACAAAGCACCUCGAUUGCCUCUGCCCGACGCAAGACAACCCCGGCACAGCCGGACACCUGCUCAUGGCGGCACAGCUGCUCGAAUGAACAAGAAACCUCAACCUCAACCUCAACCUCAACCUGAAGCUAGUCCCAGCCGGCACCCAAUAUCCAACAGGAGCAAACUGCCCUCGUUCCCAUCACGCGCCCCAACACAAUCCCACAAUUCUUACUCCCAAGAUGAAAGCCUGUACAUGGACGGUUCUGUGAACUCCGAUGGUCGCUGUUCAUCGCAGCCCAGAAGACCGCCGAGUUCAGUAGUGAGGCGCUAUGGAUUGAUACCUAGAGGUGCCGAAAAUCUUAUCAAGCAAGAAUCAGUCGAAGAGACACUACAUCCCGACUCUCACCUAAGAGAGCCUUUAAAGAAGGCGUUCAAGAAGGUCAAAGCAGUCGCGAACAAACCAGAAAUCAAAGAAGGCUUGGAGAGGGUGCACUCCCUUCUCUCUGGGUUGAAGGCAGACUUGCGCGAGGGCGAGAAGACAAUGAAGCGCCUCACGUAUACGAAGAACGAGAUCCACAAAUUCAUCAAGAGCGAGAUGCGCACUGGAGAGAUCAAGGAGAGACCGGAAUGGUGGCAAGCCCACUCGGAACGUCUCCGGGAAUAUAAGAAUAAUCCAGAUGCGGCCCAAAAGCUUCUGAACGCUGAGGAGCGGAGAAGAGCUGACCUGCACAAGAGAAACGAAGAAGCCGAAAAAGAUCAGAAGACAGCACAGAAGAGAGCAGAUGAGGCAAGAGCGGAGGAGGCCCAGUGGAAUGCGGAGAUGGAGAGGAGAGCUGAGGCACAGAGGGAAGCUAAGGAGGCACAUGAUAGGGGUCAACAUGGGCUGGGGUGGGCUCAGCAGAGAGGUGGGAGUGUUGAGCUGGUGCUCGGGGGAGCUGAACAAACGAGGGGGUCUAAGCGCAAACGAGAACGUACGGGGGAAGAAGACGAGGAGACUCCCCGCGAGGAUGACCGAGAACCAAGUAAGAGGACCCGGAAGGAGCUGUUUGUUUGA